GAGAGUUGUUAGUGGAUGCUAUUUAUGUGCUGUGAGCUAAACCUGUUUUCUGUACUGUUUACAGGCAGUGUCUGGGACACUGUUUCCUGGAAGACAACCAAAGACACCCUCAACACUGAAACCUGACUGGACACAACACCUCCUCUAACGUGGGCCCAGACAAAAGGUAAGCAGAAUACCUAUUACUAUUUGUUGAAAUUCUGCACGUUAAAUAUUGUUGGAAGGAGGAAAGUUGUGAAAGUUGGGAGUCGGUGGUUUGACGGUAGAAGAUAGAUAAACAAGUCUGGGACUUGAACAGCAUCAGGGAUCCAAUUAAGAGAGGUCAGGGGCCUUAAUGAUAAACAAGUCUGGGACUUGAAAAGGAUCAGGGAUUCGAAUAAGGGAGGUCCGGGACCUCACUGAAUAGAGGCAUAGUGACGACUGUGUUGAUACAUACAAGGUGUGAAGAGAAAAAUUCUUGAGGGGAGUUUUAGUUGUGGAAAGUGGUGUGUAUCGCCCCUUCUGUGAGAGAUCAGAUUGGACAAACGGGGUUGAAAAGAGCGGGUUGUCAAUAUGACUGAUGAAAUUAAUGAUGGGAGUGAGAGGAAUGGAGUGAGAUUGAGGAUAUGUCUGUGAAGUUGGAAGCGCAAAUUGUGAGUGGCAUUGAAAAAAAGAAAUUAAGAAGGCAAGAAUGAGAAAAGUUUUUGCUAAGUUAUAAAGUGACCAAUUGUUUAGAGGCUUUGCAACAGGCUGGAACAUGGAAAGGCUGGCGAGACAGUUACAAAAGAAGGAAGUAGUGGCAAUGAGAGAAAAAGAGUCUUUGGAAGAUGAACAGGCAAGUGCAGGGUGGCGUCAGCGUAAGUUGUUAAAAGAAAGAGUGGCAGAAAAAGAAGAAGAAAGGAGGUCAUUACACAAUUUGGCUACGGCAGAUACGGCUUUGGCAGCAGUGGAGGAGGUUAAAAGAAAGGAGAAAGAGAAAGCAGAACAGGGAGAAUAUGAGUACAAAGGGAUUUACCCAUCCUUGCCGGUUGCUAAACAGCCCACGGCACCCGACUCACAUGAAACAUUUGCACCACCCCCGUAUGUGGAAAAAGUUAUUAUGGCUCCUGUGGUGACUCUGGGUGGACGAAUGGUGAUGGAUAUAGAACGAGAAGGGGAGAGAGUUGAUUCGGGGAUUGUCCAGCUGAUUUCAGAAGCAAUGAACAGAGAAAAGAAAAAAAGAAGAGAGGGAGACACGUCUGAGUUGAUGACGUCAACCUCACCGACGCGGAAGGCAGACACAGAUGAGGAAAAGCGCAAGAGAGUGAGACAAGAGAAUGAGCAAAUUGUUGAGAUGGAGAAAGAGAGGCGCGCGCAAAAGAGGCAGCGAUGUUAACAAAAGUGACUGAACAAGGACGGGGGAGGUUUAGAGACAGUAGUGGGAGUAGUGAAGGAGAGGAUGAAAGUGAGGUAGGUCAGCAGAGAAGAAUGGUGAGGCUUGUAAAGCAGGAUGUGAGAAGAAAAGUGAGAGAAGAAGGAAAAGAACAGGCCCAGUAUGCAUUGAGAGAAAGGCAGGAGAAGAAAGGAAAAGGGGGGUCAAUGUACCCCAUGGUGAUUACUAGAGAGGGACAGCAGUAUGAACCAAUGGUGUUGCGGGAUGUCACAGCGAUGAUAGGGGAGGAAAUGUGUGGUUGAGCAAAUUUUUGGCAUUGAUGAGUGGGCAAAGUUGUACGUUCUCUCGUGCUCUCUGGUGCAGCUGCAGGCAAUUGAGGAGGCGGCAGGCACGGCUGAUUUGGGGAGAGAGACACCUCUCCCACAUGUGGCGGGACAAUUGUUUGAGCAGAUAAAAAUCACAUUUCCACAACCCACUGAUUUGGCACCAACUAUGUUUCCGUGCGACAUUAAAAUGUCACCAGCUCAACAUUAUGUAACGUGUUGAAAGUUGGACUGAGGCAACAGGUCGACAUCCAGCCCUGUCACCUGAGGCGGAGGUCCUGUUCCAGACGGCGAUCAUUGAUGGACUUCCGCCGGCGGUGAAGAAGCAGCUGAUGUCAGAUCCAGAUAUACUGGUAUGUGCGGAGGCGCGAUUCAAACGUCAUCUGUUUCACCACUGGAGAGCGUUUUGUGAGACCCAGGUUAAAGUAGACAGUGAGGCUGAGGCCCUGUCCAAACAAUUGAUAAAAUUGCAAUUGGCUAAAAUGCAUGGGGAAGCAAAACAAAGCAAAGUACAGAAAAGAGAGAUGCAAAUGAUGCAGGGUCCUCAGGUGCAGGGGCGUGGAUGACCGGUGUUGCGGGUGGACUUCGGGGAAGAGGAGGGAGCAUGCCAGGUCUUAUGAUGAGACCACAGUACCAACAGCAAUUGAGUGGUGCCAUCUGCGGGGCAUCAGACCACUGGGCCAGAGAGAGUCCUCAACAGCAACAACAAGGUGGGAGGCCACCACAAGGACCAGGAGGUCCGGCAUAAGGUCAAGGAGGAAGACCAGUCUCGGGAGGACCACCGCCCGCUCGACGUCCCUGGACGCAACAACAACAUGGAGGUCAGUACUUGCAACACACUGACCUCUGGGACACACAGGGCGAAUAGGGGUGCCCAGGGGACUAGGGGCAUGGCAGAACCCAUGCUCCAGGUGACCGUGGCAGGACAACAGCUACAGAUGCUGGUGUACACGGGGGCGACAUAUUCAUCAAUCAACUCAGUGUUGCCUGCAUCAUCCCUGUCAAAGAGAACAUUAAUCGGUUUCCUGGGAUCACCAAGAACUCUGCACUUCACUAAACCACUUGAGACUCUUGUGAACGAAGGGAGACAUUGCCUCUGGGACACAUACAUACAUUCAUAUGAGACUCCCAUUAAUCUAAUGGGCAGAGAUAUGUUGUCGGCACUGCAAGCAAAGAUAUUGUGCGGGCCGGAGCGUGUGAUUGUCCAGUUCACAGAUGGAACGAGCAUCCGAUGCCAGCAGCACGUCAACCAAUAUGGUGAGUGGCUCAUGGCACCGUUGACCUCGGAGGAGGAGUCGGCAAUCAUCUACUGGGCCAGACUGGAACCAGAAACACCUGCAGCUGGCGGAGUGUUCUCGACUUUUCUCCUGUGGAAGCCCUGGAUCUUCUCGUUGGCACCAUAUCAUGCACCGGCUGACCCUUUGCACUGCACUCUGUACUAUGACCGAAAUCAUGAUGAUGUGUAUCAGGACAUGUUUGAAGAAAUAGAAGGUAAAUUAUGGAAAAUAACAUCCUCAUGCAUACUGAUUGGCAAAGAAGGUUUGGCGGCACUCACAAAUUUAACUCAAGAACAAAUUUCAUGGUUUAAGAUGACGGGUGAGGGGUCUCCACACAUCUCAUUGACAGUAGCCUCGGGCCAUGAGGCCCAACAGUUGGGACCAAUGGUCAAACGCCUCAUGGGACAGGUUGAUUGGCAGAAAACGCAGACACCACACAUAUAUUGGUCACCCUCUCAAAAAGCAUAUCAAAUUCAACAAGACAUGGAAGAUGAAGGGUGGUUGGAAAUGGUUUUGUUGUCACGGACACACGGUCGGCAAUUAAUGGAUCAUGAGCAGGCAGCAGUUAUGAUGGAUGAGGUGCCCGACACGGUGUGGUCUCAAGGACCAUUUGAUGUGGGGCUCUUUCAUUUAAGUGAACCCAUAACUUUACAAAUUGAGGAGAGACAGGUGAUCUGGCGACCUCAAAAUCAAUGGCCAGCAGAAGCAGACCAGGGGAUGGAGGACACACUGUGUGGGCUCUGGGACGCAGGAGUAUUGGAGGUGUCAACAUCAUCAUGGAACACCCCGUUGAGACCGGUGAGAAAAGCACACGGUGUAACAUGGAGGAUGGCACACGAUCUCCGACCAGUAAAUGAGGUGACAACUACGCCUGUUCUGCCAGUGCCUGACCCACACAGAAUUUUGUCAUCAUUGAGCCCGCAGUAUCAGUGGUUCACGGUGAUUGACUUUGCCAAUGCAUAUUUUUGUCUUCCAUUAGAUCCAUCAGUUAGCCAUGUGUUUGCAUUCACGUACAAGGGUCGCCAGGCAUUUUCAAUCAAGUGCUGAAAGAUCUGCUAAGCCCGUGCCAGAUGCCACAACGAACUGUGUUGGUGCAAUAUGUUGAUGAUUUGUUGAUUGCAGCAAUAAACGAUGAAGUGUGUUUAGAAGGGACACGGAAGGUGCUCACAUGGUUGGGGGAGAUUCAAGGUGUCCAAGAAGAAGUUGCAGUGCUGCCAUCAAAGUGUUGUGUUCCUAGGACGAGUGAUAACACCAGGAGGUUUGAGCAUGUCCCCCGAUCAUAGGAAUGCAAUCCUUCACCACCCACGACCCACCACAGUCCAGGAAAUGAUGUCAUUUUUGGGGCUGUGCGGAUACAGCCGGCAAUAUAUUCCUUGUUUUGUAGAUCGGAUCAGGGUCCUGAGGACCUCAUCAAAGCCCAGGAGCUCGAAACCCGAAAGCGACCCAAGAGUGGACGCCGGAAGCGGGAGAGCAGUUUGUGAAACUGGUCCAGGACCUGUCCUCUGCGGCUGCAUUGGCCACGCCUGACUGCUCCCUGCCCUUCCAUUUGGAUCUAGCCAUUUCUGGUAAAACAGUUAAUGGUGCACUGUAUCAGAAAAUUCAUCACAAACGUGCAGUACUAAUGUAUUGUAGUGUCCCACUAGACAACAGCCAGAGUGUGCUAGGUAUGCGGCAGGAUUAGCAAAGAUCUUGCUUAAAACUGCCCACACAGUAAUGGGACAUCCUGUGUUUGUCCUGACGGACCACGCCAUCUCAUCUUUUGCUGCAUCUGCAGCAUUCACAUUGACACCAUUGAGACAAUCGAGACUGAUUAAAACGCUGACAGCACCCAACAUUAAUUAUGUACAUAUAGGAAUCAACAUGGCUGACCAACUAGUGGUGGGACCUCAUGAGUGUGCGGAAAGAGUUCAAACAGUGGCCAAAGCGAGACCCGACCUGGAGGCCACACCGUUAAAUCAUGGUCGAGUGUUGUUUACAGAUGUGUGUUGUUGGAGGUGCCAGCAGCAGUGGUCGAAUGGAGGGACGGGACCUUCCAACCAUUAAAAGUACAGAAGUUGGUGACCCAUCCGUCAGCACAAGCGGUGAGGUAGUAGCAUUGACUCUGGCUCUGAAUGAAUGCAAGGGCCAGGCCGUGACGGUGUAUUCAGAUUCGGCGUAUGCAGUGUCCGCACCGCUCAUUGACUUGGCGGGAUGGCUGAAGAAUGGGUUCACCACAGCUAAAGGUACCGAAAUUGCUCAUAAACAACUCAUGCUGCAAUUAUACGAUGCCCUACAGGUACCAAGUAAGGUGGCUGUCGUCAAAGUGCCUGGCCACUCAAAAGCAGGUACCUUGGUGGCCAGGGGUAACCAGGCAGCAGAUGUGCUCGCAAAGCAGCAGGCAGGAUAUGGAAUUGCAGUGGGAAUGAUGUUGGCAAGAGUGUGUGCUCAACAGAAUGCGGCGUCACCCGAGCAGGAGUCAAUGUGAAUUAGCGCACAGGCAAUGAAGCCGUCCGACAACCUGUGGAUAACGUGGCAGCCUCCUAGCAGGAGAUAGCAAGAACAAAAACAUCUAAUCAUCAGAACUGUUCGAACUGCUGCAUGUCAAAGAAAUGAUGACCACUGAGCCGGAUCUCAAGAUACCUGAGGUUUCCAGCGGCCGAGUCGACGUCCAGGCAAAGACCGUGGCCACGGCACUUGAGACCCUUUCCGGGACUGGGCCUCGACUUUGCGCCUGGAGGCUGAGGGUUGACGAGAAGCUGAAGGGAGUGAAGACAUCUCUGGUGAGUAGGAAACUCCCACACUCAUGAGGAAUGAGUGAAUGCGCGUCUGGGUGAUUUGUGCAGAACCAAACCUCGAGAAUACUAGUCAUUAUCGAGUUGACUAAUUAGUCUAUAAAACUGAGAAAAGGGCAAGGUGUGUCCUGUACGUGAGCUCCGUGAGACGUGUGCAUGUGUAAAAGUGUGAGUGGAGGUUUGGUACCUCAUUUGAACAGGAAAUUGAGUGACAACUGUUUGACAAUGCAGUGAUAAGAAUUCUCCGCCACUUGUGGUAGAAGGUUGAGAAUUACGUAAUUGUCACCCUGUUCAGGGGAAGUCAGUAUAGUCACCCGAGGUGAACCACUGACUCUAACAGGGGAAAAACAAAUAGCAAAAUAGUUGAUAAAUAGCAAAAUAGUUGAAACACAACAUCUGAAAAAAAAAAUAAUAAUAAUGAUGUGUAAGGACGAGAAGUUUGUAGAAAGCAAAUGUCCUACUAAAACCAAACAUCUAAAUUUGUGGAUAACACAAUAUGACUUUGCUGGCUAGCUCAACAUACACACAAAAAAAUAUAUAUAGUUAACCUGCAGGAUAAAAUAAGAGAAACACACACACCACACACACACACGCAAAAAAAAAAAAAGGCUGGACUCAAGAUGAUGUGAAAACGGCCAUAAAAGGUAUCACAUCUCAUGAAGUUGAUGUAACAUAAUUCGUCCAGGGAACGCAAGACUUGAGAAAAUCUUACCACUUAAAUGGACUGGAAAUACAAUAAAUUUGGAUGUCGGCAAAGUACUUUCUCACAGCAGCAGGGAGUUUGAGGGUUAAUAUCGUGCACCUAUGCUAGAUUUAGAAAAAAAAAAUUCUUCUGCCAUUGGAAGAGCAAAAUAAAAUAACAAUGAAUCAUUUGAAGAAUAUAGAAUUGGAAUAAAUGCAUGUUUUAAAGCAAACAGAGCAUUCCUGAAGAUCACAAUCCAGGAGUGUGUAUCAAGGGCAAUUAAAAAAAAUGCUCUUCAUGUGAAUUCAAAUUAUCCUAUAAAACAAUGGAUUGCAAAACAUUUGGUUGACAAACCGACUGGCAAUCUGUAACAAUAUGUUAACCAAGCACUACAUGCAGAAAGAGUGCUACAAAAUAAGAAAAAGAAAAUUGACACCUUUGUGACAGAGAAAUGAGAAAUUUAUGGAGCUAAAUGUGAAACAUUUAAUAAUUGUGGCUGCAGAUGAGGAAGACAGCAGCCAUCUCCCCAUCAAAAAUGUCACAACUAAUGCUCCCAAAAUGCAACUUUUUAAUUUGUCCCAUACGUUUUUUGGGAAGAGAUGGCUUGCUGAAACUAGGUGUUUAAUUCCCUCUCUGACAGGAAAAAUAGAAGUAAAAAGAAAAAAAGGAAUUACUGGGAGGACAGUUAAAUAUCUUGCAAAAUAGGAAUCCAGCGCUCUAUUAUUACACCUUACAUAUUCCAAACAAACUUCCCACAAGAACAGGAGAUUUAUUGCUGCAAACAGCUCAAGACGUGAUUGAACAACCACAAAAUGACGUAGGAAGUGACUCAUUGGAUGUGACAAUGUAGUAUAAGAUAAACAUAUAACAGCCCACACCAGACAAAAUCAUGAUUAUCUGUACUCAGAUGGUAUAUCAGUCGUGGUGACAGGAACAAGACUGACUGACAAACUAAAUACACGACACAAGGAAUGGACACCACCACACACGUCAUUACAACGGGAGUGGAAGUGUUUGGGACAAUUUGUUUUGGUAGUACGAAAUGUUCCUGAUUGGACAGAAAAACAACCAGAUUUGGAUUGGGACGACUGAACUCUACAGACAAUAUCUUAUUGGACAGUCUUAAACAAUCUGAGACCAGAUGCUGCUGUAUUCAAGGUGGUAUCACAAUCUACACAGACAAUACUGGAAAAAUAGAGGAAUAGCGACAACUACAGGGAACACAUUGACAAAUCCAGAGCUUCGACAAAAUAUGGUCAUAGCAGUUCAAUUACCAAAAGAAAUAUAAAUUUGCAGUACACACAUCAAAUACAGACAAAGAAUCAUUAGGAAACGGAUUUACAGAUAAAAUAGCAAAAGAAGCAGCAGCCAAAACCUUUAUGGGAUGAGCUGACUAUGUAACAAAUGAAGACAUAGUUUGAGAUGUGCUAAACAAAAUGCAACAACAAAGCUUACCAGUAGAAGUAAAAAUGUGGAAAAAAUAAGGUACUACAUUAAAAAACGGGAAUUAUGUCAGCACAGAUACAAAAAAAAAAAAAAAAAUUCUACCAAAAAACAUUUUUUAAGUGGGCGGCAAUCUUGAGCCAUGGAAAGUCUCAGGUCUCAACAGGGGGAAUGGUAGCCCUGGUACAAAGGCAUUACAUGAUCCAUGGAUUUAACUUGUAUGCAAAAAACUUUUUUUGUAGGUCUUGUUUGAUCUGUGUGCGACAUAAUCCACAAGGGAAUGUGCAUCCAAAACGUGGUCAGUUUCCUCAAGCUUCACAUCCAUUCAUCCCUCCAUCCAUUUUCUUAGCCGCUUAUCCUCACAAGGGUCGCGGGGAGGGCUGGAGCCUUUCCCAGCUGUCAACGGGCAGGAGGCAAGGUAGACCCUGAGCUGGUUGCCAGCCAAUUGCAGGUCACAUGGAGACAAACAGCCGCACUCACAAUCACACGUUGGGGAAAUUUGCACACAAUGAUAGAUUUAGUCUAACUAUACAUACAUUACAAGCACGUAAGGGUCUCAUUCCAUUCAAAACACUGUUUGGGAGACCAUACAAAUUACCAAUAUUUUCCACACAAUGAGAGAUGGACGAAUGAUGAAGAAAAAAAAAAUAAAAAACACACAAGUGGGUCCCUUUCAGGAGUUAUUAACAACCCCAAACAGCUUAAAAAAUUGCAAAAAAGGGUACUUGAGUUAAUUUGUUCAUUGUAGAAAAGUUUUUGCUUUUGAAACCGUUUUUAACACAAACAAAACCAAUUUGUUUUUAUUGGCCACUUGUAAGAUAGCUGUUCUCAUUCCCACUGCCAAGGUCGCUUUAGUCCGGUUAUACAUGGGAGUGAGACUGCUGUCAUAAUGCCAACCAAACAGUUAAAAUUUACUGUUGGGUGUUGGAUGAAAACGCAACGUUAUUUUAUUUUUCUCUUCGAGUGGUACCUGUGGGAACCACUCAAGGCCCCACCCAAAAAAAAAAACAAAAAUAAAAUAGAUAAAAUAAAAUAAAAACAAAACAAAUUGGAUAACUACGUACAAAAACGUGUCCAGAAGAUUGUGUUGUUUGCACAGUCCAGAGAUAAUACCAAUGCUAUUGAUUGAUAACAAAUGCAAAAAAAAAAAAAAUAGAAAAGUUGGGGGAUUCUGUGUAUCCAUUAACUUGUCUUGAAAAACAAAAAAAAAAACUGUUUUCUAAUGGCGUGUCACUAGGAAAUUUCACAUGCAUCAAUUUGAUAGGGCUAGAAACAAAUUGGGAAUUUUUUCAGCGUUGAUGUGUGAAGCCAUUUUUGUGCCACUGUCAUGGUGGUGCGGCAGUAACUGUCUUUUUGAUUUUUUUUUUUUUUUUUUUUACGCCGGAUGUCUUUCCUGAUGCAACCCUUCUGCAUUUAUUCGGAGAGAGAGCUGGAGCCAAUCCCAGGAAACUUGGGGCAGCGGCAGACUACACCCUGAACUGGUCGCCAGCCAGUGGCAGUGCAGAUGUCGACACUAUGACUGAGCGGGAAUCGAUCCCACGCUGCCUUCACUCGAAAUGUCCCUCUGAGGGAAACCCGAACUACAACGUGGCCCGCAAGAGAAAUUACUUUGACAUCCCUGCAAUACACCAUCAGAAAAAAAAAUAAUAAAAAUGUAACAAGUUACUGUGCUUUAAUAACCUUAUUACUGCCAUUUGUCUAUUCAUCCUAUGUCUGUUUAUGAAUUAACAUCAACUGUACAUGCAGUUUUACCCGAACACUGGCAUAGACUGAGCAAGAGCUGAAUGACAUGGACAAAAUAGCAGUAAGAAACACGUGGAUACAUCUUACACACUGUAAAAGGUCAUCUCAGCUGAGUCACCCAAGGGGCAAGGUGAGCAAAGACCAGCAUACGGUGGGUGCAGAUUUAUAGUAUCUGAAAAUACCUGAAGGCUGGUGAAGAUUUAAAAGACACUUGACUCAUUUUGGGGUUACUUGGUUGACAUGACUUCAAAAUGGCUAAAUAAUAUGAUAGCAUGUUGGGUUGCAACAUUGACAGCUGUAAUGAUAUUUUUGUUCAUAUGCUAAUUUUGGACACCUCUUAAGCUGGCAAAAAUACAUAACAGAACCAAUAAUUAUACUCAGUUAACUAUGCCUACCACACAUAAGAUAAAGAGGCGCAACCUCAUUUCAAAUAACAUUGGUAAACUAUGUGGGAGUCACCGAUGCAUGAGAGGAGGACUCCAUGUGUCUCUGCCAGUGAAUCAGUUCAGCACUUAUUCAAUUCCUUGGUGGACUCUAAUUUCUGGGGAUUCCAUCUGUGGGGUUAUGCUCAAUGAAACCCCCACUUUCUUCUCACCAUUUGCCAAUUUAAUGCUACCUUCGACCCGAAUGCCAUACAAAAGAGUACAUAUACUAUGGAAGGAGUAUUUUAACCGAAAAACCUGAGGAAGAUUUAUUCAUUAUUAUGAUUAUCUUUUUUUACAAAUAGGAAACAAAUCUGGUUAUUAAUGUAGAAUGCAGCAAACAAGGUAAACUAUCGUUACAUCACAUGCAUGGGCCCUGAGCCACUAAUGUGUGUCAUUCCAACAGAAAUCCCAACACAAUGUACCCUGGAGGUAAUGACUAAAACAACUCCUAACACCACUUGUCAGAAAUGAAAAAGUGUUUAUCCAACAACUAAGGCAGUAAAUGAUAAACUGAUAUUAUCUACUAAUGUUGCGUUGGCUGACUUGUCCUGUGUUAGCUUUACAGGGACAGAUUUUAAGGUGGGAAGUCUCAACAAAACAUGGUGUCAUGAUCUCCAUCUGUAAACUGCCCCACUGCUCCCAUGCAGCGAUUUGUUGUGGUAGUGUUUUGGUCAAAAGUUGUAUGACACACUGAUAAAUGCAGCAGGAAUGUGUACACUGGUAUCACUGCUCUUAUCUGUGACUGUGUUUCCAUCCAAAGCAGAGGAUAUACAAUUGGCCGCAUCCAUCUUUGGACCUCCCCUUGGGUUCUCCCAAAGGCGAAGGUCCUCUUGGAAAGAUGGAGAUUUGACAUACAUUGAUGCAAAUGGCAUCCCAACUGCUUACCAGAUGAGUAUAAGUUGGUUAACGAGAUUGCUGCAGGAUGGGAAUCCAUCUUGUUAUGGAUAACUCUGAAUAAAAAUGUUGACAGAAUCAACUUCAUACAUUACAAUGUACAGAAACUAGGUAAUUAUACGGAAGCAGGCUUUAUUGCCAUAAGGGAACAACCAGCUGCAACCUCACUCAUGACGUUCCAGAACCGCAUAGCGGUCGACAUGCUCCUGUCCGAGAAGAGUGGCGACUGCUCAAUGUUCGGUGACCAGUGUCGUUUAUUCCAAAUAUCACAGCACCUUAUGGGUCACGCACAAGGGCCAUUCAAGGCCUCCGCACCCUGAACCACAAGAUGAAGGAGCACUCUGGUGUAAACACAUCAGCCAGGUCUGAGUGGUGGGGAAAAAAAAAGUUUGGCAAAUCUAAAAAUUUGGUGUUCUCUGUCCUACUUUCUAUCACUGUUUGUAGCUAUUCUUGCAUUGUGUGGAUGCUCUUGUAUUCCCUGCAUAAAGGCAUCACUUCACCAACUUAUAACCACUGCUAUUGCCCCGACAAAUUCAAAAUUGGCAGAAAUAUAUCCACUAUUGGCACAACAGAGUAAUGACAGUGAUAUUGUUGACCACGAUGAUGACGUUAUGACUUUUUUUCCAGACCUGUUCUCUGAUCCAGAAGAUUACAAGUAAUUAGUGCUAUAUUUUCCUCCGAGUGUAAGCCGAAAGGGUGAUCUAUUAGAUGAUUUAAGGAUUUGAGCAAAUGUAGGAUAAACAGGAGGAUAAUGUAGAAGUAAUUGUAAAUAGUAUUAAGUAACUGCUUCUGACUGCAAUGAAGAAAUGCUUUGCUCUGCUCCAAUUCAGUUACUGCUCUGCCUGCAAUGAAGAAAUGCCUUGCUCUGCUCCAAUUCAGUUACGGUUUCUGCCUGCAAUGAAGAAAUGCUUUUCUCUGCUCCAAUUCAGUUACUGUCUCUGCCUGCAAUGAAGAAUGCUUUGCUCUGCUCUAAAAAACGUGGUAGCAAAUGUAGGAUAAACAGGGGGGAAAUGUAGAAAUAAUUAUCAUAAUUAUCACACAUCUGCUUCCAAUAAUGAAAUGCUUUGCUCUGCUCUAGAUAACGUGGCAGCAUCCUAGCAGGAGAUAGCAAGAACAAAAACAUCUUAUCAUCAGAACUGUUAGAACUGCUGCCUGUUAAAAAAAUGAUGCGCACACAUGUAUUCAGCAAUCUUCCACACAUGCACACGCACAUGAACAAACAU